GACUGAGUCAGCGAUGGACAUUGAGUCACAGGAAAGGGUCACGUCCAGUAAUGCUUCCCUCCCGCAUCUGCGGCGCGAUUGCUGCGACCAAAACAGUACGGUUUCCCUUGCCAACCGCUCUAGCAGCUUCUCCCUAAUCGAGAAAAAAAUAAUAGCACUACCUAUUCAGGAUUAAAAGCGGUCGGAUACGUGUAACACUGCGCAUAUCGACCGGUGGUGGAAGCGGCAGUGGGCGGGAUUGUAGGGCUAGCUCGCUGGUUAGCUAACGAGGACAAGCUAUGGCUGAGGUUCCAGGGACUUCGAGCGAGACGAUAACGGAGACAGUCCAAGUGGACACACCGCCACCGCCCCAACAGGAGGGUCGCAGCUUGACGAUCAAGCUAAGGAAGCGGAAGACUGAGAAGAAGGUGGAGUGGUCCAGCGACACCGUGGACAAUGAACACCUGGGCAGGAGAUCCUCCAAGUGCUGCUGCGUGUACGAGAAGCCGCGCCAGUUCGGGGAGUCUUCCUCCGAGAGUGAGGGCGAGGACGAAGACGGCUGCGGGAGCGCGCACUGCAUUCUGGGACAUGGCCGGGAACGGCACGGACAGAGACGGGGAGGCGGGUCCACAGCGCCCCCUAAUGCCGGAGGAUCAAACGCCCACUAGGAGCGGCCGAUACAAUGGGCGGUAGAGACGGGGAGAUUCUGACGACAAUUAUAUACACACAAACACACGCACGCGCACACACACACACAAACACACAGACAGUUACACACUGACACACACACACACACACACUGACGCACAUGCACACACACACAGACACA